GAACGUACCGGGGUGUGAAACACAAAUUUGCCGGCAGAACACCAAAAGAGCGGCAAAGUGUUCACGUUUAUCGUUCAAAGAACGUCAAGUAUUUGUAAUUAUCCUGGCAACUGAUGACGAGGCAAAACUCCGAACGACUGAGGUAGCAUUAAAGCCGUUCAGGAAUAGGCGCCGUCUGUCGAGUCUCCAUGAAAUAUUUUCAGAGACUUGUCUUUGAAAAUAAAUAGAUUUGUCUGCUGGAAACAAUUAAUACUCCAACGAACAUAAUGGGAUACGUCGUUUAACUUGUGCGGGUUGACAACAACUGGGGCAAUUUGGGAGGACCUCUGGGUAAGUGGACACCGCAAGCGGCCCGUGUCCACAUCAGCGACAGAAGCCGGGGUGUCGGCUUGAGAGUCUUCGGGUAGAAAAUCUCCAACACUAGAGCUACAGCGCUGACUAAAUAGCGUCGUACGAACAGGAGCUGCGCCGAUAUUUGACCAUUGGGAGCCGGGGAUUAUCCGGACAGAGACCUCAUGAAUGGAAAUCGGAACUUCAGGAGAUGUUGGGGCCCAGGCCCUGUUCUCAGUGCCGCGGAGGCCUGGCUUUGGCACCAUGGGGAAGCCUAUCAAGCUACUGGCCAACUGCUUCCAGGUGGAUAUCCCCAAGAUGGACGUCUACCUCUAUGAAGUCGACAUCAAGCCCGAGAAGUGCCCGCGUCGCGUCAACAGGGAGGUGGUGGACUCCAUGGUGAAGCACUUCAAGGUGACCAUCUUUGGGGACCGAAGGCCAGUCUACGAUGGGAAAAGGAGCCUCUACACAGCCAACCCCCUACCAGUCGCCACAGCGGGGGUGGAUCUGGAUGUCACCCUGCCAGGGGAGGGGGGUAAGGAUCGCCCCUUCAAAGUGUCCAUCAAGUUUGUGUCGCUAGUCAGCUGGCACCUGCUGCACGAGGUCCUGAUGGGGCGCACCAUGCCUGAGCCCUUGGAGCUGGACAAGCCCAUCAGCACCAACCCUGUACACGCUGUAGAUGUGGUGCUGCGACACCUGCCUUCCAUGAAGUACACCCCAGUGGGGCGCUCCUUCUUCUCCUCCCCAGAGGGUUACGACCACCCCCUGGGCGGGGGUAGGGAGGUGUGGUUCGGCUUCCACCAGUCGGUGCGGCCCGCCAUGUGGAAGAUGAUGCUCAACAUUGACGUAUCAGCCACGGCGUUCUACAAGGCCCAGCCGGUGAUCCAGUUCAUGUGCGAGGUCCUGGACAUCCACAACAUAGAUGAGCAGCCCCGGCCCCUCACUGACUCCCACAGGGUCAAGUUCACCAAAGAGAUCAAAGGUCUGAAGGUGGAAGUGACCCACUGUGGGACGAUGCGGAGGAAGUACAGAGUGUGUAACGUGACUCGCCGUCCUGCCAGCCACCAGACGUUCCCCCUGCAGCUGGAGAAUGGUCAGACAGUGGAGCGCACGGUGGCCCAGUACUUCAGAGAGAAGUACAGCCUGCAGCUGAAGUACCCCCACCUCCCCUGCCUACAGGUGGGCCAGGAGCAGAAACACACCUACCUGCCCCUGGAGGUGUGCAACAUAGUAGCUGGCCAGCGCUGUAUAAAAAAACUGACUGAUAACCAGACGUCCACCAUGAUCAAAGCCACGGCCCGCUCUGCCCCGGACAGACAGGAGGAGAUCAGCAGGCUGGUGCGGAGUGCGAACUAUGAGGCGGACCCGUUCGUCCAGGAGUUUCAGUUCCGCGUGCGUGACGAGAUGGCUCAGGUGACGGGCCGUGUGCUGCCGGCCCCCGGGCUGCAGUACGGCGGCAGGGCAAGCUUGGAACACUUCAUGUCCCCGCAGAUGAACCCUGCGGUGUCAUUGCAGAACCGCACGGUGGCCACGCCCAGCCACGGCGUGUGGGACAUGAGGGGUAAACAGUUCCACACCGGGGUGGAGAUCAAGAUGUGGGCCAUCGCUUGCUUUGCCACACAGAGGCAGUGUCGUGAGGAGAUCCUCAAGGGUUUUACUGACCAGCUGCGUAAGAUCUCUAAGGAUGCUGGGAUGCCCAUCCAGGGCCAGCCGUGUUUCUGUAAGUACGCUCAGGGAUCAGACAGCGUAGAGCCCAUGUUCAGGCACCUGAAGAACACCUACGCUGGCCUGCAGCUCAUCAUCGUCAUCCUACCUGGGAAGACCCCAGUCUAUGCUGAGGUGAAGCGGGUUGGAGACACCCUCCUGGGCAUGGCCACUCAGUGUGUCCAGGUGAAGAACGUGGUGAAGACAUCCCCUCAGACCCUCUCCAACCUCUGCCUCAAGAUCAACGUCAAACUGGGGGGCAUCAACAACAUCCUGGUGCCACACCAACGUCCCUCCGUGUUCCAGCAGCCUGUUAUCUUCCUGGGGGCCGACGUCACUCAUCCUCCAGCCGGAGACGGAAAGAAGCCAUCCAUCGCAGCGGUGGUGGGCAGUAUGGACGCCCACCCCAGCAGGUACUGUGCCACAGUGAGGGUCCAGAGACCCAGACAGGAGGUGAUCCAGGACCUGGCCUCCAUGGUGCGGGAGCUCCUCAUCCAGUUCUACAAGUCUACCCGCUACAAACCAACCAGAAUCAUAUUUUAUAGGGAUGGUGUGUCAGAGGGACAAUUCAGACAGGUGCUGUACUAUGAGCUGCUGGCCAUCAGAGAAGCCUGUAUCAUGUUGGAAAAAGAGUACCAGCCGGGCAUCACCUACAUUGUGGUGCAGAAGCGCCAUCACACACGCCUUUUCUGUGCCGACCGCAACGAGCGGGUUGGACGGAGUGGUAACAUUCCUGCAGGCACCACUGUGGACACAGAUAUAACCCACCCCUAUGAGUUUGACUUUUACCUCUGCAGCCAUGCAGGAAUACAGGGUACAAGCAGACCUUCCCACUACCAUGUUCUGUGGGAUGACAACUGCUUCACGGCUGACGAGUUCCAGCUGCUCACCUACCAGCUGUGCCACACCUACGUCCGCUGCACCCGCUCAGUCUCCAUCCCCGCGCCAGCCUACUACGCCCACCUGGUGGCCUUCCGCGCCCGCUACCACCUGGUGGACAAAGAACAUGACAGUGCGGAGGGCAGCCAUGUCUCGGGGCAGAGUAAUGGCCGAGACCCCACAGCCCUCGCCAAGGCUGUUCAGAUUCAUCACGACACACUGAGGACCAUGUACUUCGCCUGAGGAUGGGGUGUUGGGAGGGGUAUUCUGUCAGCCUUGUCGGUCUCACAUUGGACCCUGGGCUGGCACAGCUCUGGUCCUGACAAGGGGAUGCCAAGCUGCUAAAGACAACAACUACAACAACAACAGCCAGAGGGGAGUACAGAAACGUUAUGCAAUACGAAACCAGCCAAUCUUCUCCCGGCCUGUUCUCUUCUGCUGUGCUUUUAAUUCAUUAUGGAUUGUCUCUGAUAUUGCUCCUUGAACUGUGCAAGUCAUGUCCUCGCCUUACAGGUUUGACAGCAGCUCAACUUUUGCUUUGUGUUACUUUCAAAAUGCCAGAGUGUAGAAGACAAGACAGGGGAAUUGAUAAGGAUGGUAUCAGGGUGUGGGGAUAUAGCAGGUCCAGUGAGGAUCAGUCUUGUUCCUCAACACAGUGAUGAAUGAUAUGCUGACUUGUCUAUCCAUGGGGUUCAAUUGUAUAAGUUGUCCUCUUUACAUGUCUCCGUCAGCUUGUCGUUGUAUGUGCGUCUUCUUAUGUUCUGUAGAAGUCUGAUUGCCAUGAUGAUGCCUGUUAGUCAAGAACGCCCGUGAAUCACAGCUAUGCCAUUUUUCAUACGGCAAGCUGCUAGCCCAGUUACUCUACUCUCUCUAAGCCAAUGGUGACUUACUUGUAGUCAUUGCGCCAGUCAAAGUUUAACACUGCAUUCUCUAUCAAUAUCAACAGAGUUUUUAUUUUAUUUUUUACAUACAGCCACAUGUAAAAAGGGAUUACCUAUGUUUUAGGGAUUACCUGUUAAGUACUGUUAGAAUAUCAAUCCUAGCCACAUCAUGGACCUACUCAGAACCUUUACAGAGUUCACUGUGGUAGCUACAGAUUUCACUUUUCCUUAGUUUUAUUCCUGCUAUUUUAUGAGAUUAGUCUUAUUUAACAUUAAUUUUCAGCAAUAGAACACUGUUAGUUUGUCUGUCAAUGACCGAAGAGGUUUUUCACAUUUUUAACUAAGGAACUGAUGAUGUCAUGCAAUCCUUAAGUGCAAUAAGUCGUUAAUGCAGAAAACAGGUCCUAUGGUUAACAUACCAAUUUGAUAUUUUUGGGCCAUUAUGAUCGGACAUGGGCAAGUUGUAACGGAUAAAGAAUGUAAACUGGGCCAAGAAUUGAUGCCAUAAAAUUGUUAUGUGGGGGUGACAAAUGACAAAGUUAUUUUGUAAAUUGGGUGAAUGACAAAGUGCCUGUUUUGGGUGUAAAGAAGAAUUUGAAAGACAAAGGGUGUAUUUCUUUUCGUUAGAGCUCCUGUGAGAUUAGUUAGUUUGUUUAGUUAUACAGUCAAAUUAUUUCAUCCAAGCAUUACUGUAAGCAUGAUAUGUUGCCCAGGACUGUCUGGGGUUAGAGAGCAGAGCGGGUGUGGCUGCAUUGAUUCAGUUUCAUGAUUUAGUUUUUAAUGUGAAUUAUUAUUGAGUAUGUAGACUGACCAAUUGAAGGUGGGGACAGUUAGCUAACGGAUCUGUCUCAUUCAUUUUAACACUGGUGGUAGGAUUCAUUUUGCACUGUUAAAAGUAAGCAUUCAUAUUUCAGAGUUUUAUCAAGC